AUGGCGGAGUUGAUGAGCAGUCUCGAGGAGCUGAAGAGUCUCCCAGAAGAGCUCCAUCUCCUCUGUCCACGUAAAAAUGACGAUGAUAUGGAACCGUACAGCAAGUACAUCAACAACGAAAAUGACAAUAAUGAAACGGAUGAUAAACCGAAUGUUGACGUGCUUGAGAGGAUAUCAGAAGCUGCGGUUCGUCGAGAGAAGUUCCUCUCAUGUAUACGCCUGCUAGCGUUCAGCGGCGAGGAAGUUGAAGCACACCAGCAAUGGAUAUGGAGACGCCUCGAAGAAACGUUAGAAAGAUGUGAUAUCUGCAUUAAAGAGUACUACAAGGGGAAAGCUUGGCUUAUUGGGACAUUGGGAGAAAGCUACGAUGAGUCCGAAGUGGAAAAAUUCAGUAAAAUACUCGACGAUUGGGAUGUUAGCAGGAUCGGGAAGAACUUGGAUAAGGCUGCCAGUAUGCUUAGGAGUGUUCCUCCUGAACAGCGUAAACUAGGCGUGCUUGAUCGGGCUGCUAUGCUGUCUAUUUUCGAAGCUCUAAGCUCUACUCCUGUCCUCGGAAACGAGGCUGUUCUUCGCGAUCAUUUUGACGAGCCCUUUAAAUUGGUCCAAAGCUUGCGCACUUUGAAAAUCACCGAAUAUGUGCCUGCGGCCACGCAUUUUCUUUUCGAUCAAAACAGACAUAGGAACCACUGGGCAGUGUUUACAUGGUCCAAGUUGGGCAGACCACCAACGACUGCUGAAUUUGACUGGGCAAUCAAGGAGCCGUUAAUCGCAGCUUUGCGCCGAGCGUCAAGCCCUCCAUUCGAUGCUGACUUUGUCGAUAUAUUAUGGCGUGGAGUCACUAUCAUAAUCCAUCGGCUCAGUAAAGAGCAAAUCACCCAUAAUCUUCGAGCCCUGGAACUCGACCCUUGUCGACUAUCUGUUGACCACCUCGCUAUACAAUCUCCCGCAUUACGAUCCGUUAUAAACACGAUAUGCGCCCUAAUUGAGAAAUCCCCAGGCGAUUUCUGGGACGCCAUGCAGACAAUUUCCCCACAAGCAAUUAUCGAGCAGAUAUUCUAUAAUCCGCAAUACGAAAAGUUUUUGAUCGCCACUGAUGAUGACGAACCUUUGGACCAGUCGCCUUUGAGAGAUAAGUUGUCUUGGAUAGACCCCUUUAUUACAUCCCUAAAGAACACCCACCAGCCACAAGCGUGUCGCUUCUUAGUUCAUCAGCUUCUCAACCGCCUCCAGGAGCCUCGUUUUCCUACCGUUGUUAAAUACCACUGUUUUCGGAGUGGAUUAACGGUUCUAUACCGCACGUUGCGAAGCUUUACUGAUAAUGAAGCCACCAGGGGCUCCGUGGCCACCAUUGUUUUGUCUGAGAUGAUGGAAGUUAUAAGCGAUAACAUUAAACAUUUCCUCAAUCCCCCGCGAUUUGAUGUUGAUGGAAGUGAUAAAGAGAUUUCUACCCUGUGUAUGGAUGUUGUUCGAAAUACCCUCGCAUUAGAGUGUCAAUCCUUGAAGUCAGACUACGAAACCAUUCUCCGGCACAACACACUACAACAUGGAGUAAGCACCUACACAGCACCUAUAUGGGAUGCCGUUGUCCAACAUCUUGAUGAGAAGAAUCUUGAUCUCUCAGCUGCUGCCCUUAGAGGUAUUUUGCCGCUUGUAGGGCUGGAAAAAUUCCAGACAAAAGGGGAGAGUACGAAGGAAAAGAUGCACUUCAAUGUCAUUUAUGGCCAUCUUACUCACCUUGCGUGUCAGAUCCUUGAAAGGCUUUCUGAUUUUAGGCCAGAACAUCUAGACGAGCUAUUUAAGCUUCAAGAAACUAAUGGCUCCCUGACUUCAGCGCUGUUCUCUGCAGACUUAAAUACAUAUCAGGCAGCCGUCGAUCUGAUAAAAACCGUUAGCGGGCAGCUGGGGCGCAAGGAGGCCAUCUCACACCUUUUACAAUCUUUUUGUGUUCCUACGAUGUUUGGAUUCAGCUGGUCCUUUCGCCGAAUAUCUAACAUGAAGACUUUUGCAUCUGCUCCUAGAAUGAUUAAAACUGGUACUGAUAUAAUCGAGGUCCUAUGUGACUCCCAAACCGGAAUACUGAGAACCCGGAAGCUCAGCGAUGCAAAAGAAGUAUAUUUCUUGCAGAGGCUUUGGGAGUAUCAAUGGCUGGCGCUCUCUACAAUCUUCACUCAAACUGAAAAUUGGCAUAGGAUGGGCGUUGAUAGGUCAACCAUGUUAGAAUUCUGUCGGGAUAGUAUCCAGUUCGCAGAGCUUCUUUUUGACCAGUUUCCUAUCUUUGCUACUGCCGUUGGGGAAGCUGAUCCUAGCCAAGCGGAUUCUGCACAGAGUACACUUCUCCGAUAUCCAACGACUACGAUGAAUGCGAUGGUAAAAUGGCUACGCUUAAAAGACGAGUACCUUGCAACCACCUUGGUGGGAAUUGUCUCCAAAGUCCUCCGUCGCCUUGGGGACCUCAAUGCAACAGUCCAAGAGGAAGCUUUAGCUGUUGUCAAAGAUGUUGCUCUAACUGCCAGGAUUAAGACCAUCUUGACAGAACGUGAGAAAGCAGAGCUCGUGAGAUCUUUGGAGGCAUAUUAUAAGAAACCUUUGGUUACACCUCCCCCUGCUCCUGCCCCGAAAAAGAGACAGAGCACAAUCACUUCUUUCGCCAAACCAGUGGACCCUUCAGCAAUUGUUAAAUCCGAACCGAGGCCAAGCAAGAUCGAUGAACACGAUAGCGACCCUGAUAUUCCGGAUGAUGAGCUGAUCGAAUUGUCUUCUGCCGUUGAACUUAACAAGGCUCGGGUGGCUGCCCAGAAGAAAGCUGCAACUCGACUUGCCCUGCCCUCUAAGCCACUUGCACCACUAGCGAAACCGGUUCAUAAUGUAUUGUCGUUCCGCGAGAAACGGGAAAGAGAAAGGGAGGCCAAAAAGAAACGUGACAUGAUAGAGCUUGCCAGGGUGAAGAAAAACCUACCUCUACGCGGUGUUGGCGAACAGACAGCAUCACAAGGGUCCGGCCUAAAUGGUCUCAGUAUCGGGGUCGUGGAGCAUAGACCCGCUGACAGUAUGAUGGUUUCGUCGGACUCAGACUCAGACUCUGAUAGUGACGAUAACGGGGAUGAAGAAGGCCUUGGAAAGAAAGUAUCCUCGAAACCAGAUGCGGUGAGAGCAUAUGAAGAAAGUCGAAAGAAACUGUUACAACGUGUGCCUGUCAAGAAAACAAAGAUAGUACGCUCUGCAAAGGAUAUGCGGGCUCGACUUGCUCCCGACCUAUCCUCACUUCACAAGACGCUUUUGAGUUGGGAUUUCUUUGCGACAACGGUUCUACCUCCAAACUGUGGCCAAACGGACUAUACACUGGUUUCUAAUAGUUUCGCAAAUGCAUUAGAGUACCAGAAAACUUUUGAGCCAUUGUUAAUCCUCGAAGCCUGGCAGGGGUUUCAAACUGCCAGAGAAGACGCAACAUUCAAAGAAUUUGAAAUCAAAGUUGCCAACCGCCUUUCAGUUGACUCAUUUGUAGAAGUCAGCACGAUCAUGGAACCGUUACAGGUUAGGGAUUUGGGGCUAGGAGAAGCCGACUUGGUUCUGCUCUCUCGGUCAAACAAGCCAGCAACGGACUCAAACGCUCCCCAUUGCCUGGCUAGAAUAUCUGACAUCAAGAAAAAGAAAGGGAUAAUGGAAGUAUCUUAUCGCAUUAACCCCAAUGGGUCUCUAGCUAGUGGAAUUGGACCUGGCGGUGGCUUAUUCGGUGUAAAGAUUACCUCUCUAACGCCCUUGGAGCGAGAAUACGGGGCAUUGAUGGCGCUUCAAUACUACGAUUUAAGUGAAGAGAUUAUCAGAGCAAAGCCGUCUCCAAUCCUUAACUAUGGCCCUGAUAGCCUGAAAGCUAUACUUGGCACUUACGACCUCAACCCUGCACAAUCGAAGGCUGUAAAGUCUGCCGUUGAUAACGAUGCAUUUACAUUAAUCCAAGGGCCCCCUGGCUCGGGAAAGACGAAAACCAUCGUCGCGAUUGUUGGGGCGUUGUUGACGACCACCCUGGCUGAGCGAAGAAUAUCUCAACCGACGAGACCAACCAGCGACCCAAUGAAUGCGAGCAAAUCUACCCCAUCGAAGAAACUUUUGGUCUGCGCACCUAGCAAUGCUGCUGUUGACGAACUGGUGAUGAGGUUUAAAGAAGGCGUGAAGACAAUCGGCGGGAAAAUUCAACCGAUAUCCGUUAUUCGACUCGGUCGAAGCGAUGCAAUAAAUGCUAACGUAUUGGACGUUACAUUAGACGAACUUGUCAAUGCCAAACUUAACCAAACAGGCCAGAAGAAAAAUGGAGACGAGCGUGAUUUGCAAAGCUAUUUUACUGAGCACAAGGAGACUUCAGUCAAGUUCACAGAAACGAGACAAAGACUUGAUCAAUGCCGCGCAAGGGCAGAACCUGUUCCUCCUGAACUAGAGCGGGAAUUCGAUCUCUUAAAGCGAAAGAAGGCUCAAUUAAGCCAGGCGAUCGACAAUGCAAGAGACAAGAACCAUUCCGCCGCCAGAAACGCGGAGUUAACGCGAAGGCGAAUACAACAAGAGAUCAUUGACGGUGCUCAUGUUAUCUGCUCAACCCUUAGCGGUAGCGGUCACGAAAUGUUCCAAAGUUUGAGCAUCGAGUUUGAGACUGUGAUUAUAGAUGAAGCUGCACAGUCUAUUGAACUAAGUGCUCUUAUUCCUCUUAAGUAUGGCUGCUCCAAGUGCGUUCUGGUUGGAGAUCCCAAGCAGCUACCCCCAACAGUGCUAUCAAAGGAAGCAUCUAGGUUCCAGUAUGAGCAAAGUUUGUUCGUCCGAAUGCAGGCCAACCAUCCCAAUGACGUCCAUCUUCUGGACACACAAUAUCGAAUGCAUCCGGAGAUUAGCAAAUUCCCAAGUCUGGCAUUUUACGAUGGGAAGCUACAGGACGGUCCUGGAAUGGCGCCGCUGCGAAAGAAACCGUGGCACGGAAGUGAGCUACUGGGUCCAUACAGAUUUUUCGAUGUACAAGGAAUGCAUUCAAGUGCUGCCAAAGGUCACUCCUUAGUGAACAUCGCAGAACUUACCGUGGCAAUGCGUCUCUACGAUCGGCUCAUUGCUGACUAUAAAAAUUAUGACUUUACGGGGAAAAUUGGAAUUAUUACUCCCUAUAAAGGCCAGUUAAAAGAGCUCAAGGCACGAUUUGCUGCAAAAUACGGAAGUUCGAUAUUCACAGCCGUCGAGUUCAACACCACAGACGCAUUUCAAGGAAGAGAGUGUGAAAUCAUAAUCUUCUCAUGUGUCCGCGCGUCCAACCGGGGAAUAGGCUUCUUGUCUGAUAUUCGCCGAAUGAACGUUGGUUUAACGCGAGCUAAAUCAUCGCUCUGGGUGCUUGGUAACUCUCAAUCUCUUAUACAGGGCGAAUUUUGGAAGGCCUUGAUCCAAGAUGCGCGUAGGCGAACACUUUAUACAGAGGGAGACAUCCUUCAGAUCCUACAAAAGCCCCAAAUCAGUUUGGAUAUGGAGCUAAAUAAUGUUGAGAUGGUUGAUGCACUCCCGGAAACCGGAGUUAUAUCAAACCCUUCGUCACGACCAGGCUCGUCUUUGGCUGGAGGGAGCAUCUCUCGGCCAUCUUCCAGAAUAUCCAAUCCCCAGUCAGCCGAAUCAUUCCCGGACGACAUUCCCUCAAGAAGUGCUGCGAGCACUCCUGCAUCACGCCUUCCAGAUGGCCCUUCGGGAGGUGCUUCAGGACUAAAUGAUUUAGCUGUGUGUGGGUAUUGUGGAAGCCACCAGCACAUGACGCACAACUGUGACAACAUCGAGGCUAAGACAGCCUGUCAAGGUACUUGCCGAAGAUGUGGAGAGGACACCCAUUCUAUACGAGAUUGUAAAGCGGAUCGCUGCAUCGAAUGCGGGAAAACAGGCCAUCUUGCGAGAGACUGCAAGUCCACGACCGUCCUACAGAAAUGGGAAAAGAAUAAAAUUAUCAAGGAGGAAUCGCACCACAAGAAUCUACAGCAGGCGAGGGUGGAACGGCAUAAGCAGAAAAACCUCGCUGCCCAUGACCCCAAAAUCCCCCUUAUUCAAGUCGCCGGGAAAAAGUCGCCAGCAGAAGGGGGCAACGCAAGCCAACAGCGCAGUGGGCCUGGAAAGAGGAAACGAUCCGAUUUGAGUAUCUCCCAAACUUCGAGCGACCCUAAGAUGAUGCGCCUUGACCAGCGCACUGCAUCUCCCGCUCCUCCGAAGGAACCCAGGGGAAGGAAACAAGAAGAUAACCCCCCAGCGGCUACACAAACACAGGCCAUCAACCCACCGAAAGGCCCGAGAGGACGAAAAGCGGAUCCUCACAGCAUUGCGCCGCCCCCAAGUGAUCUUGUGAUACCCUCGAGGGAUAGCCGCGAGAGUCGUCCAAUAUCUUCCGAACCAACAGGUCAAACGGCCAAUAAAGCCGGCGACUUGAGCGGACAACCAGGGCCUCCUAUGCGGCCAAAAGGCGAUAGGCGACCCCCUCCACCCCCCAUUCGAAAAAAGAAACCCGCGGAUGUGUUUAUUCGCCCAAAGCGAAGGUAA